AGCAUGAAGUCGCCCUAUUUCCCAGCGAGGUCGGUGCUUUUCCGUCAGGAGCCCAAUGGGGUGACCUACAGAGUGCCGGCUCUGCUCUACCUGUCCCGGACCAGAUGUUUUCUGGCCUUUUGUGAGGAGCGGCUCAGUCCCUCUGACUCCCAGGCUCAUCUGCUGGUCAUGAGGAAAGGAACUUUCUACAGGAACUAUGUGGAGUGGGAGGACGUGUGUGUGCUUGGCACUGCUUUCCUGCCGGGCCACAGGUCCAUGAACCCGUGUCCAGUGUACGACGAGUUCACCGGGACGCUCUUCCUCUUCUUCAUCGCCGUCCUGGGCCACACGUCGGAGUCCUACCAGCUGGUGACGGGGAAGAACGUGACCCGGCUCUGCUACGUCUCCAGCACUGAUGGAGGAGAGACCUGGAGCCCCGUCACUGACCUCACCAAGAGGGUCAUAGGAGACACCAUCAAAGAAUGGGCCACGUUCGCUCUGGGCCCGGGUCAUGGCAUCCAGCUGAAGUCGGGACGUCUGCUCAUCCCCGCCUACGCCUACCACAUCCAGUGCAGAGAGUGCUUCGGCCAGCUCUGCCAGACCACCCCCCACUCCUUCUGCUUCCACAGCGACACCCACGGCAGGACCUGGCGUUUCGGCGAGGCCGUGCCGGGGCCGGAGAGCGUGGAGUGUCAGAUGGUGUCUGUGGAUGAAGAGGACGGGACCAACGUCCUGUACUGCAACGCCAGAAGCCCGCUGGGGUAUCGGGUCCAGGCCCUCAGCCUGGACGAUGGAGCCGUGUUCCAGGAGGGGCAGCUGGUGCAGCGGUUGGAGGAGCCUCGGAAUGGUUGCCACGGCAGUGUAGUUGGAUUUCCCGCCCCUUUGCACCUUAGAAAGACACUCAACGGUCUCCUGCAGCGGCCCGCACGCCGCUUCAGACACUGCACCUCCUGCAUGGCCUUCUCCUCUCACACCACAUCAGCCGGCUCCGUAGCUGACAGCUCCAUCACUGCACGCCGAAAAGACCAUACUCUGGUUUCUACCGGCUCGUUGCCACCUCGUCACAACGCCACUCCAGAUUUCCUCACACCCACCUGGGUGGUCUACUCCCACCCGACACUGACCUCCGCUCGCAAAGACCUGGGUGUGUUCCUCAGCCUCUUUCCUCGAGAUCCUGACAGCUGGCGGGGCCCCUGGGUGAUCUACGAGGGUCCCAGCGCCUACUCCGACCUCGCCUACCUGGAGCUGUCCCCCUCACCCGGGGAGCCGCCCGCCGUGGCCUUCGCCUGCCUGUUUGAGUGCGGCGCCAAAACGGCAUACGAUGAAAUUUGCUUCAGCAUCUUCACCCUCUAUGAGCUCAUUGAUAAUCUGCCUCGCGGCGUACAGCUGAGACAUGAAGAGAGAGGACACAAAACAGGCCAAAGCUACGUCUCCGAGACGGGUGGAAGUUACAGACAUGAUGAUCAAAGAGCAUCGGUCUUCAAAAAGCAUCACGUGAAGAAGAGGAGGAAGAAGGACAAGUGGACAGAGAUGUGUUCUGUGUCCUGA